AUGUCAGCCAGCAAGGAAAAUAACCUUGUUCAGGCUUAUAUCGAAUUAAAUAAAUUUUGCCAAAGUGGUGAUUAUGAGAAAGCUUUAAAAGCUACAGGAAAAAUAUUGCAAAUAGCUCCAAAUGAGCAGAAAGCCUUUCACUGCAAGGUGGUAUGUUUUAUCCAACUACACAACUUCAAAGAGGCAUUGGCCAUCUUAUGCAAUCCAAAAAAUGCUGCACAUGCCGCAGACUUGCAUUUUGAAAAGGCAUAUGCACAAUACCGGCUCAACUGCCCAAAAGAUGCUUUGCAAACAGUGGAUAAUGCACCAGAGUUGACAUCAGCACUGAAAGAACUAAGGGCUCAAAUUUUAUACCGACUCGAGCAAUACCAAGACUGCUACAACUUGUAUCGUGACCUAGUCAAGAAUACAACAGAUGAAUAUGAGGAUGAAAGGAAAGCUAACAUGGCCGCUGUGGUGGCAAACCUUGCUGCAGUCAAUCCAUCCACAGACCUACCUCAAUUUGACGAGACAACCUAUGAACUUGCUUACAAUACUGGAAGCACACUAGCUAUGCGUGGAAAGCACAAUGAAGCAUUGCCAGUGCUCAAACGUGCUGAACAAGCUUGCUCUGAAAGUGUGCUUGAAGAUGGUGGUACAGAAGAAGAGGCCAAGGAAGAAGUUGCCAUUAUCAGAGUCCAGCAAGCUUAUUGUCUUCAGAUGAUGGGCAAGGAAAAAGAAGCAGCAUCUAUAUACCAAAAUGUUCUGAAAGACAAGCCAGCUGACCAGGCAUUGGUUGCGAUAGCUAGCAAUAAUUUGGUGGUGAUAAACAGAGAUGGCAAUGUGUUUGAUUCCCGUAAACGUAUGAAAGCUGCCACUGCUGAUGGAUUAGAGCACAAACUGAAUUCAAGACAGCGUAGCGCUAUAACAUACAAUCAGGCCAUUUUGGCUAUAUAUUCUAAUCAGCCGGAUUUCUGCAAACAAUGUUGUGUGAAACUGGUUCGCGAGUAUCCCGGGCAAGAGAGUCGCGCGGCCCUAGUUGAAGCGUGUUCGCUAGCUAAAGAGGGCAAAUCCUCUCAAGCGGUCGCUUUACUACUAAAGCAUGGAGGAAAUCUGACGUUUGCAGCUGUACAAGUGCUAUUGUCCCAGGGUGAUCGCAAAGGUGCCGUAAAACUUUUAGAGGAGAGUGAAUUUAAAUAUAGACCUGGUGUCAUAGGACUGUUGUGUACACUGCUCUCUGCUGAUGGGGAACUGGAGAAGGCGUCUAAACUCUUCCACGAUGUUUAUGAACAUUAUAAAGACGAUAAAGAGCGCGGUGACUCGCUGCGGGCGGUGUGGCGCGCGGCGGCGGCGGCGCACACGCGCGCGGGGCGGCUGGCGGCGGCGGCGGCGGCGCUGGAGGCGGUGGCGCGCGCGGCGCCCGCGGACACGCGCUCGCUGGCGCGCCUCGUCAAGGCGCUCGCCGGCGUCGACGCGGCGCGCGCCCGCCGUCUGGCCGCCGACCUGCCCGCGCUGCACGACAGAGACAUCAAGAUCGAUAUAGAUGCCCUAGAAUCGUCAAAAUGGAUGAUGGGAGCAAAGGUGGUCAAGAAAACUGUUAGCAAGCAGGAACAAUCGCCAGGAACGCCCGCUUCGGAACUCCUCCAGAAGAAGAAUAAAAGACGUAAACGAAAGACAAAGUUACCUCCCAGUGCUGAUCUAUCUAAACCACCAGAUCCAGAGAGAUGGUUACCUAAGUACGAGCGUGCAGCGUACAGGAAACGACGAGGCGUUCGUCGUGACGUCAUCAAAGGUAGCCAGGGAAUGUCAACCACCGCCACAGACCAAUAUGAUAUGAGUAAGCAACAGCCUAGUGCUGCUGUAGCGGGCGCGGCUGCUAAGAGUCCGCGAGUGGAGGCCAAGCAACCAGACAGUGCCUGGCAAAGAAAACAGCAACAGAAGAAAAAAGGCAAAGGACGCAAAUGGUAGAAAAUAAAUAUUUUCCAAUAUU